CCUUGUGACUGAGCGCCUGCUGCCACAUCAGGCGGCACUUGACUGCUCAACCAGGUGGAUGCUGCGCCAACUUCAGACUUUCCUGUGAUGGUCAAGCGUGCAGAUACGGAUUAAAAAGUGGGAAGCAUCCGUAUGAAGCAAAAUACCUGCACGUGCAUCAACGACUACCUUCCUCACAUGUUCUCGAGCCUCAUCUUUCAUCAACCACAUUUCGCUAUCAAGCGCGAGAAGGCAAACCAUGAGCUCUUCUCUUCCCAAAAGCGAGUCGACCACUUCUCUGCUGAGAUCAUCGGGGCCCAGCCGCAGGUCUGUGCACUCGGAUCACGGUCCUCACGGUCACCGGAGUAACCGCACUCAUCAUCCCACCGCAGCUGGAGGCAGAGAGGAUGCACCCUGGACAGAGGACUGCGAGGCCAGUGCGCGGAGACCUCUGUGCCAACCAGGACAUGUCGACUCUCGGAAUUUCAGCGAUCAUCACCGGGUGCAGAGAAGCCACUCUCACCUGCAGCCGAGCCAUCUGGAUGAUAAUUACGUUCAGGAGGAUGUCAGGCAGAGGUCGAGUAGGUAUCAGAAAGAGCGCAGCAAGUCCACCAGAUCCAAACAUCACCAUCACCACCACGAGACCUCUAGAGGUGAUCAGCUUCAUGCAGCGCAUCUUCAAGGGGGCUCCCGUCAGGACAGGAGGACAUCACCAACCCCAUCUUAUCCAAAACACCCGGACGAAGCGGCUUUCUUCUUCGAACCCAGCGAGAGAGUCGUCACCGGGUCCUCAUCCAGUCUGAGCUCCGACCCACCUGCGAGCAGCGCACCUGCCCAGCCCGCAUCCAGACUCACAUCCAAAAGACUGAGCACAACGUCUCAACAUGACGCCAGCCUUCAUCCCAUUGUAAAAUCAGUCUUUGGACAGGACCAGAAGAAGAACUACAAAGCAGUGCAGUCCUGUGAGGAGGGGGGAUCUGGGGGGGCCUAUCUUGAGCCACUAGUAGCCCUGGCCCAGAACGGAGCCAACAUGCACAACGUACUGGGGCCUGCAUGCAUCUUUCUACGCAAGGGCUUCGCUGAGAGCCGGCAGGCUGACCGAGAGUUGAGGCCAGAAGAAAUGGAUGAGUUGCGUGAGGCCUUCAAGGAAUUUGACAAAGACAAAGAUGGGUUUAUCGGCUGUAAAGACCUGGGGAACUGCAUGAGGACGAUGGGCUACAUGCCAACAGAGAUGGAACUAAUAGAACUGAGCCAGCAAAUCAACAUGAACUUGGGAGGACAUGUUGACUUUGAGGACUUUGUUGAACUCAUGGGGCCCAAACUUCUGGCUGAAACAGCAGACAUGAUAGGGGUAAAGGAACUGAGGGAUGCUUUCAAGGAGUUUGACACCAAUGGUGAUGGCCAGAUCAGCACUGCCGAACUCAGAGAAGCAAUGAAAAAACUGUUAGGACAGCAGGUUGGACACAGAGAUCUGGAGGAGAUUUUACGAGACAUUGACUUAAAUGGAGAUGGACAUGUAGACUUUGAAGAGUUCGUCCGGAUGAUGUCUCGGUGAAUUUAGUUUGGUGACAGACGUCUCAGGCGCUAAAACAAAACCUGGAUUCUAUCCUAGAUUUGGAGGAAAAGUUAAAUGUCUAGCACAGACUGAUGAUAGAUCUUGAACUUCUUGAACUGUCAAUGAGUAAGACAGCAAAAAAAAAAAACAAUAACAAAAAAAAAAAAAAAACAUAUCAACCUUGCCCUGAAACUGCCAUGCUGAAGCACAACGGCUGAUGACUACAGCCAGCAGGAACACUGGUAAUAACACACUGCUGCUGUUCUUUAAAGCAUAAACAAAACCAAUGGCUGCAUUUCUGACUUUUGUGAAGUACAUUUUAAAACCAUAUUUUCCCCUUAUUUAUGAUGACAUUUUUCAUGUGCUAGUCAACCCAAUAGUUAAAGGGUAAUAUGAUGUUUGAGCAAUUUUGCUCAAAUGUAGAUAGAAGGUAUUACCAUUGUUAUUUACUGUAGCAAUUAAGAUGAUAUAUUUUUAAGACAGCAGUAUGCCAGCAGAGACCAAAACUGACAGAGCACAUUCCUUCUUAAUGCUGACAUGACAUAAGCACAAAUACAAAGGUAAUAUGGAAAUAUUUAAUGUUACCCAUUCAUAUCUGCGUGUUUGUGUUUUGUGCAUAUUGUUGUUUCUCUUCAUCCAAUGCUGUUUAUGUGAAGUGUCACUGGAGACUGUCAUCAAACACAGAUUAAUUACGUUCAGUAUUUGUUAGGUAAUAAUGUGUAAUGUAGCACCAAUUUUGUUCUACUGACUUUAAAAACAUUAUGUCCAUCUUACUGUGAUAGACGUGUCAUUUCCAGUGUGCAUGAGACUAUGAGACUCCUGCAGCUAUAAACAGUCUGCAAGGAAAUUAUUGAUCAUCUUUACUACUGUGAUAAGCCUUUUAAUUAUUUGUAUGUUUUAUUAUAGGCUGCAUGAAUCCUCAGAGGUGGGUUGAAUUGUGUUACAAGUUCAAUUGGUGAAAGGAGUCUGAUAAUGCUUUCAUUUUUUCACAAAUGUAUUUGUUUAAUAGGGUUUUGUGAGUCUACUGAUACAGAAGUCUCCUGAAGUGAGAUUUCUUUUACUAUUGGGGGAACAGCUACACUUUUUAAACUAUAAUACCUCAAAGUGAAUAGAACAAUCAAUCCCAUCCAUAUCCAGUUUCCUUUAACCCAGUCUAAUCUUGAACCAAUUUCAUUACAUUCAUCAUUGAUAUGUGUAAGGAAGCAAUAUGAGCUUUUUUAUGAAAACAGCCAAAGAAAUUUUACAAAAAUACAAUGUGAUUUUAAUUCAGUUUACUAAUCGUUGUUGGGACAGUUGUACUAUUCCAAGACUGUUCAUAAAGGUCAUGAGGGUAUAUGCAUGUUCUUAAGUUAUGGUAUUCUUCAAAAGGGAAAUCUUACUUUGUGAUUUUGCGUGUCUUAACUGUGUGAAACUAUGCAUGUUGCAAAAUUACUGCAAUUUGUAGCAGAAUAUAUAAAAAUAAAAGUUUUUAUUCCAA